UCAAGCCAAGUGUUACCAGCUUCUGCUUUCUGUGUUCCAACACACCAAUCGUGCCCUGUCAACUCCAUAUAUUCAUUCAUUGGCCCCCAUCAUGGUUGAGAAGUUGAAAGCUGUGGAAAGGAGCCGCCCGAACAACAACCUGGAGCUGUUAGCAGUCCAGGAAGGAAUUAAAGUCCUUGAAACAUUGGUUGCCCUCGGUGAAGAGCAGAAUAGAGUCCAGUUGCUUGCUCUUCUUGUUCCUACUCUGAUCUCUUAUUUACUGAAUGAAAAUGCCUUUGCUUCUGCAUCUACGGCAUCUAAGGAUCUUCAUGAAUUUGCACUUCAGAAUCUCAUGCACAUUGGUCCACUUUACCCACAUGCUUUCAAGACAGUAAUGGGAGCUGCUCCUGAAUUAAAAACACGUCUAGAAACUGCAGUCCGAGCAAGUCAGGCCAGCAAAGCAAAAGCAGCUGCUAGGCAACCACCACCCACAGUACAUUCCACCCCAACAAUUAAACUGAAAACUAGCUUUUUUUGAAUUACUUUUGUUAUUUUGGGACCGUUAAGUAGCCAGAAACAUUACUUUAUUAUCCCUGAUGUGUUACUGCAUAUAUGUCUGUAAUUAUGUGUAAUUUGUAUGUGAAAGGCUGUCUAAUAGAGCUUUGUGUAAUUACUUGAAAUCCAUGCAUUACAAGGGAAGAGGUGUUACUUGUAUUUAUAUAGAUUUUUAGGAAAUGGAAUGUGAUCAUAUUUAUGAAUUUGUGUUAUAAAUUAUCCACUAAAAAACCCUAUUCUCUAUCUGACUGAAUAGUUUUAUUUAUUUUUAAAAGCUACUCCAAACCUUUGAGUGUUUUUUGAAAUCUGGUGAUUGUUAUCUGACAGUUGUACCAUCACACUAACAGAGUGGGGGUGGAGCGAAGAGGGGAAACUGUUACGAAG